AUGAAGGAAGUGUCGGCCAAAAAACCGUCUGGAAAAGGAGGGAAAGCGAAAAAAGUGAGUUUUUAAAGAAAAAUUGAGCAUUAUUCGGAAAUUUUCAAACGUGUUAAUCAGAAGCUGGCACUGUCGGAUUCGGGCGGCGAUGAGAAAUUCGAAUCGAUCGAUUUCAUUCUGAAACAUUUUAAAAUUCAAAAUUGGAAAGAUUUUCAGGGGGUAAGACGCUUUUUCGCCAGUUUUCCGAAAAUCCCCGGUUUGUAGUUGACGUACACGGCGGAGGAGGUGCUGCAACUGCUCGAAAUGACAAUCGAGUGCCUCUCGACGGAAAAAAACGCUCUGGUGAAGGUGGUGCCGCCGAUCACCAUCGUCGGCGACCUGAACGGACAGUUCCGCGAUCUCAUUCGCAUUUUCAACGUGAAAACGGCGGACGGCGAGAAAGGGAAGGAGGAGGACGAGCUGAACCGGCUGCCGUUCGCCAGCCAGAGGCAAGUGCGCUCCACCGCACUUUUGCCGGGAAUUUUGAAUUUUCUGUGUUUUCCAGUUUCAGAUGGAGAAGUAUUGAUUUCCAGUCGUUUUUCUUUUCAAAAUAGGUUAUUCACCCAAAAUCGCACAAGAAUUACAGUUUGGAAACGCGAGAAAAUCCCAAUGUCUUUCAAUUCAGAUUUCUAUUUCUCGGCAAUUACACCGAAGGCGGUCGCUGGAAUCUCGAGACGAUUUGUCUCAUUUUUGCCCUCAAAGUACGUGCCUACAGUACCCCCAAAACUACAGUAAAUGCUUUCGAUUUUCAGUACUUCUUCGAUAAGCGCUACAUUUUGUUGCGCGGAUGUCAGGAAACUUGUACGAGCACCGAAUUUGAGGUUUCUUCUCUCAAUUUUCAGCCCGAAAAUUCCGAGUUUUUAGGGUCAAUUGUACAAAAAAUGGCCGAGCCAGGCGAAAGAGAUUUGGGCGCAAUUCCAGAAGGCGUUCAGCCUGAUGCCGGUCGCCGCGACCGUCGGCGACAAGAUUCUCUGUGUGCACAGCGGAAUUUCACCCGAAAUGCGCGAUUCGCUUGCGGAAAUGCAGACGGUGCGCGAGAAUUGACACGCAACUGCGGACACCUACAGUAAUUUCCGUGUUCAGAUGAAAACCGGCGAAGAGACGGUGACGCCGUUGGUGCGGGACCUCGUCAAUGCGUGUCCGGUCGAAGAGGAUGGAGUUGGCGCCGAGGCGGAGUGAGAAAGAGAACAUGCUUACAACUUUUGGACUUUCUUUGUACAAAAAUUCAGAAAACGCCACACUUUUUUAGUUUUUGGCAAAUUAUACGUUUUUUAGCGAGCCGGUCUACUUGAUAUCGGUGAACCGAGACUACACGAAAACGUUCAACGAGGCGGCGGUGAAGGUGUUUUGCGAGAAGACCAAAAUUCAACUUAUUGUCCGAUCGCACGAGGUUUCACUUCAUCUUUUCUAUCUGUAACAUCAUAAUUUUUCCAGGUGCCGCUAAACGGAUUCCGUUUUUUCGCUGACAGAAGGCUGAUCACCAUUUUCUCGGCGUCCAUGUACAAUAACUACAAUGUAAAUGUCGAAAAAUGGAGCAAACUUUCCAAUUUUCUCGGUAUUUCCAGAACAAAUCCGCAUUUUUGAACGUGGACGCCACCGGAAAAGUAGCGAUUGUGCAAUUGCAAACUUGUGCGCCGAACGUCGAAAAACCAGAGCAAAAAGUGAAAAAAUCGGCGGAAAAAGUGGUGGAUAAGUCGGAGGAGAAGAAAAAGAAGAAGACGACGCACAAAUCGGCUGAGAAAGUCGUCGAAAAAACGCCGGUCGUCAAAAAAGCCACGUCGAAACCGUCGAAAGAGCUCGAGUUUGUACAUUUUUCGAGAAUUUUUGAUGUUUUUGACAUUUUCAGAUCGAUUUUCGACAACAUUUCCGGGUGA